AUGCAGCUGAUAGAAGUCACCAUCCAAAGCAUUCUUGCAGCCAAUGAGCCACAGGGACGAUAUCAUCUUCAUGUCCCAGCAGAAGCAACAGUGGAACAAGUCCUAGUGCAGCUGUGUCAAGAGGCAGGCACCAGUCUAAGGCCUGAUUAUUGUCUGCGCAGCGGAGGCCACGAUAUUCUCAGACAGUCAGACACAUUAGUCCAGUCAGGUGUCCACGAUGGAGCAUUCCUUCACUGGGCUAGCGAAUAUGUGCAGAUGAAGAGACCUUGUCACUACAACACUUUGUGGAUCUUAGCUCUCGGCAGUUUCCUGAUUGGCACAGUCGGCAUAGUGGCAGUAUGUAUCAUCAGGUUGAGACAUGUCAGCCCUGAGUAUGAUUAUGCAGUUGUAUUUGACGCUGGAUCCACACACACUGGCAUGUUUGUCUACCAGUGGGAGGGAUCCAAACUCAAUGGAACAGCUGUGGCUACUCAGUACGGCAGCCGAUGUACAGCCGAGGGUGAUGGUCUUGCAGACUUUGCUGAGAACCCACAGGAAGCUGGCAAGUCUCUGACAGUGUGUGUCGAUGCAGCCAAAUCAGCAAUCCCCAACAGCAAACAUGCCAGUACCCCAGUCUACCUUGGGGCCACUGCAGGGAUGAGACUACUCAAAAAAUCAAAUAUCACAGCUUGUGAAGCAAUCCUGGACUCAGUGCGAACGACUCUUUCCCAGUCGCCUUUCAAGUUGACAAAUGUUAACCAGUCAGUGCGGAUUAUUUCUGGAUCUGAGGAGGGUGCUUUUUCCUGGAUCACCAGCAACUAUGCCACGAAUGCUUUCAGAGUUCAACGUCCAGGGAUCAGCCAGCCACUAGCCAACACCAUUGUACCAACUAUAGGAGCCCUGGACUUGGGUGGAGCCUCUACUCAGAUCACGUUUCAUUCAACAGUACAGAUGCCCCAGGGUUACAGUCUGGAGACUCACCUCUUUGGACACAACUAUACUCUUUACACACACAGCUACUUGUGCUAUGGGGUGAAGGAGGUUACCACCAGGAUAUUUGCUAGCCUUCUUUUGGAACACACAAACCAGACAGUGAUACAGCAUCCUUGUUUACCUGGAGGUUACAAUGUCACCAUGAGCCAGCUAGAGAUCUUUGCUUCUCCCUGUGUGACUGGUGAUGUCACAAAUUUUGGUUACACACCAGAUGAUGUGCUUGCGAUUACUGCUGCAACCAACUAUACAUUUGUGGGCGCCAGCAAUAAAAGCCAAUGUGCCAGUCUCUUGGACAGAACACUGUUUAAUAGAAGCUCAUGUCCAUACGCCAGUUGUUCAUUCAAUGGAGUCUACCAGCCACAGCUCUCUGGUCUGUUUUAUGCAUUCUCCAGCUUCUUCUAUGUGUCAGACUUCUUGAACCUCUCCAGCAGCAACAGCAGCUACUUCAAGUACCAGGAUUUUCUCACUGCAACUGACAACAUUUGUAACUACAGCUGGUCUCAGCUCCAACAGAUACCUGUGACGCCACAAGAGAAGGGCAACUUGAUGUUUUACUGUCUACAAGCUAACUUGAUCAACCUGCUGCUUCACGAUGGCUACCACUUCAAUGAUUCUCUGUGGAUUCAGAUUAAUUUUGUCGAACAG